UGUCAGUGUGGGCGCGCGCCCCCGCCCUCAAGCCCGCCUCCGCAUGGACGACGAAGUUGGUGGAGAAAAGUAAAACAAAACAAAACAAAUAAACGAAACGAAAUUACGACGAAACAAGCCGCACUGUACAGGUCGGAGCUUUCACUCGGAGCUGCAUGUGACGUCAAGCCGGGCUCGGAGCUUCUUUCCGCAUUAUGGCCGCUGUGAUCGUCAGCCCCCGGUCGUCGGAGCCGAGCGGCCGGGUCCUGGCUGCGGGAGGAGACACCUGGAAGAGACACAUCGUCCGUCAACUGAAACACCGAGACAGGAACCAGCAUGCCAUGUUUCAGGACCUGAUCAACUUCUACACUCAGUUGUUGGACAAGGCCAGUCUGACCAAAGGUAUCCUGAGCUCCUCCACCAGACAGCCCUGCUCUGACAGCAACUCCAUCUCUGCUCUGCUGCAGCAGAAGAAUCAGCUGAACAAAACUACAGGAGAGCUUGCCUAUCAGGUGGUGGAGCUGCAGCAGCAGAUUAAGAUCAAGGAAUGUGUUCUGGAGGAGCAACAAUCCAGCCUGCAGGUAGCGCGGCAACGGGCUAGCAGUGCGUUUGAUGCCCGUCACGGGCUGCGGGAGCUGGUCGAGCAGGUUCAGAAGGAGAAUGGGGCAUUGAAGAUGGAUUAUGAUGCCUUGCUGGAACGACAGAGAGAGGCAGAGUCAAGACUCAGGGAGGAGAAGUUCAAAGAGGUGCACCUGCUGGAGGACAUGAUUCACCAGAAACGACAGGCUGCCGCCCGUAUGAACAGCCGCAACGAACGCAAGACCAAAGCUCGUGAAGCGAACCUGCAGAGGGAGCUACAGUCGGCCGCCAUGUCAGAGAUCACCAUCGACAGUGUCAGCGCUCCGAACUCUAGGUCAACAUCCCCAGAGAAGGAAAACCCGGACGUGAUGACAGAACAAAGACACACAAGACUUUUCAGGUCGGCAUCAGCUACCUCUGUGGGGAUCCUCACCUCCCUAAGAGGACUGUUUGAAAAGAAGAGGCGGGGUCACUCAGUCUGCAGUCCGGACGAGGAUCGGAUUUAUCCUGUAGGAAUCUGUAUGUCAGCCCGAGUUCCUGCCACAGCUCUGCAAGUACUGGAAGCCCAUGAGGAAAGCAUCAACACUGUGAGGUUCAGCUCCAGUUCAGACAUGGUGGCUACCGGAGGAACUGACAAAGUCAUUAAGCUGUGGGACAUCCAAGCAGGCUUGCUGACACACAGAGCUACACUGGACGGCAGCACUGAGGGCAUCACCUGUGUUGAGUUUGAUCCAGUGGGUUCCAGGGUCCUCGCAGCAUCCUAUGAUAGGUCUGCCUUGUUGUGGCGGCUAGAUGACUCUGUUCCCAAGCUGACUCUGACAGGACAUACCCGGAAGGUGACAGCAGCAAGGUUCCGCGGUUUACUUCAUCAGGUGGUGACGGGAAGUGCAGACGGAACCAUCAGAGUGUGGGACCUGCACAGAGCUGCCUGUGUGCAGGUAGUUGAAGUGUCGUCAUACUGUAGUGACCUCGUCUGUUCUGAGAACUGUAUCAUCAGUGGACACUACGACUCUAAGAUCAGAGUCUGGGACUCCAGGGCGGUCAGCUGCGUCCAGGAGCUUCCCUCUCAGGGCAAAGUCACCUCCCUGGACCUGAGCUGCGACCAUCGUCAGCUGCUGAGCUGUUGCCGUGACAACUGCCUCCAGCUGGUUGACCUGCGGAGGUGGAGCGAGCGAGUGUGCUUCAGAGCUGAAGGGUUCACCUGCGGAAGCGAUAGCACCAAGGCCGUCAUCAGUCCUGAUGGCUGUUUUGUGGUGGCCGGAUCAGCAGACGGCGCAGUUUACAUCUGGAACGCCUCUACUGGAGACCUGGAGACACGCCUUCCCGAUAAACACAGUUCGUCCAUCAGUGCCGUGUCCUGGUCUCUGUCAGGCAAAUACGUUGUCAGCGUGGACAAGAGUAGGCGGGCUGUCCUGUGGAGUGACUUCUGAAACAGCCAGUCCAGAAAAGAAAACAGCACCUUACAAACAAACAGUUACAGGGAUUAUUUUUUAUUUCCAUUUCUACAAAAGGGACAAAACUUUGUUAGAUUUUAUUGUAACAGUGUAUCAUUAACUUUAUUGUUUUAUUAAUUGAGAAACUGAAAGGUGACCUCUAACCCUUUUAUAAUUUGUGAAAUAAUACAUGAAUUAUUUAUAUUUAUGACCUGCUUUAUCUGCUCAUAAUUCAUGCGUCCACUUUCUGCCACUCGUCCAGCUCCAGCUCGAGUUUAAUGAUUAAUAAAUGAUGCAAUGACGAGUCGA